AUGUCGCUCCUCGUUUUGGGCGUCUUGAUUCAGCGCCGAGUACGCUUAUUUUGCUUCGCCCACUGCUGCGAAAUGGCCGUCUGUGAUGGAUUCGACUUCUCGGCAAUACGAGCAUUGUCCCAGCGCCCCGACUUUAGCUUCCGAAGCAACCGCUUGUCCUCCCCCGUCCAUCGACUCUUCCUGAUCUUUGGCCUAGAGCGAGGGAUAUCAAACUCAAGCAGAUCUCGCAUCACGCCAGGUUUGGCACGCAGCCCCCUAUCCGCUGCUGGCUCUUCGUCAUCACUGUUGUCGCUAUCGCUUGGGGUGCUAUCACGCAUCGAAAUUGUCACUGCCAACUUUACUGUUGCCGGCACUCUCAGCCACGCUACGUUUAGCAGACGGGACAUGGAGUGCAUUGUCGUGCUGGGGGCCUCCUCUGGCGCGCUCUAUUAA